UAUUGAACACAACCAACUCUUAGAAAAAAUAUCCCUUACUCUUGGAGAUGGAGAUGUAUCUUCCAAUCCUCUUCGUCGUUUCGCUUCUCUUCUCCUACUCUCAUGGUUCAAUGCUAGACUUCUGUGUGGCAGACUUCUCAUUGCCCGAUGGACCUGUAGGCUACUCUUGUAAGAAACCUGCUAAAGUGACGGUUAAUGAUUUUGUUUAUUCAGCUUUAGGCAUUGCUGGUGACGCUAACAAUCUUAUCAAAGCUAAGGUUACACCGGCAUUUGCAGCUCAAUUUCCGGGUGUGAAUGGGCUUGGCCUUUCCAUAGCACGUCUAGAUCUAGCCGUGGAUGGAGUUAUGCCAAUCCACACGCACCCUGGAGGUUCAGAAAUCCUUUUUGUGAUGGAAGGAACAAUUUGUGCCGGAUUCAUAUCUUCUUCGGCCAACAUUGUUUAUUUUAAAACUCUUUACAAAGGGGAUGUUAUGGUUUUCCCACAAGGGUUAUUGCAUUUUCAAUUCAAUUCUGGAAAUAUACCGGCUCUUGCGAUUGUUAGCUUCAGUAGCCCAAGCCCGGGUCUCCAAAUCACCGAUUUUGCAUUAUUUGCCAACAAUUUGCCUUCUGCAUUGGUGGAGAAGGUAACUUUCCUUGAUGAUGCUCAGGUCAAGAAGCUCAAGGCUGUUCUUGGUGGCACUGGUUAAAAAAGGCCUUUGAAGACUUUUUAUUUUUA